CUUUUUAAACGCCUCCUCACCCCUUUCCCUCUCUCACUUCCUUAUAUCUCUUCUCUCUUUCUCUCUAUCUCUCUAUAUAUAUUUCUUUUCUCUUUCUCUUUCUCUGUAGCUAUGGCUGAAGGAGGAGGCCAUGAGGGUUUCUUAUGGGAAAACCAGUCAUGGGGUUUCUCGAAUUCGGAUAACUCUGGGGGGAGUGAUAAGAAAUCUGGGGAGAAGCAACCUGGUUCGGCCUCUAAUAGCCAGACUGCAGCCACGGGAAUGGAUUUGGUACCGCCUGAUAAGAAGCGAGGGCGAGGCGGAGCCAUCAAGAAUGGAAAGAAUGGAAAGGGAAGUGGUGAGGGGAAUGAAGGAAAAAGCGGUGGUGGUGGUGGCGGUGAAUCAGAUCAUGAGAUACAUAUAUGGACAGAGAGAGAAAGGCGGAAGAAGAUGAGGAACAUGUUUUCUAGUCUUCAUGCUUUGCUUCCUCAACUUCCUCCAAAGGCAGACAAGUCCACCAUUGUUGAUGAAGCAGUGAACUACAUCAAAACCCUACAGCACACACUCCAGAAGCUUCAAAAACAAAAGCUAGAAAGGCUUCAAGGUGCAACAACUGUCAACUAUGAGCCAUCAAUAAUCACGUCGCAAAAGCUAGCCUUCGACUCAAGGGAGGCUUUCUUAGCUGAUCAAGGAUCUUCCAGUAACUUAGCCAUUACACCAUCGAAUUCUUCCAACUCUCUUUCAGUCGCUCGGGUUCCUGCAGUAUUCCAAUCAUGGACUUCUCCUAAUGUCACUUUGAAUGUUUGUGGCAAUGAAGCACAAAUCAGCGUGUGCUCGCCGAAGAAGCCUGGUCUUUUAACCACCAUCUGCUACGUGUUGGAGAAGCAUAAACUAGAGGUGAUAUCUGCUCAUGUUUCUUCAGACUAUAACCGGAGCAUGUACAUGAUCCAGACCAAUGCGAAUGGAGCUUUGGAUCAGUUCCCUGUGGGAUUUCCAAUGGAAGAAGUCUACAAGCAAGCUGCAGGAGAGAUAAUGUUCUGGGCAUCCUCUUGACCAUAUCCAGCCAGAAUUUCAAGAACAUGAUCCUCAAGAUCAGGACACAGUUACUAGUGUAGGUUUGCUAUGGCAGUUUUCUUUUUAGGAUGGGACAAUCUCCGUUUUUGAUCAGCAAAAUGGGUAUGCAAGCCCUUUUUCUCAUAGUUUGGGUAGCUUACUGAUUUGGAUUACUAUGGCAUGUUUUAGCCAUAGUUCCAUAUAAGUGGCGACUUGCGACUUGUGACUCCGUAAUCUGCAUUUCGAAAUAUAAGCUUAAAUUCAGUGAUUCUA